UGCUAUGAGAGAGAGAGUGAGAGAGAGACGCAGGAGGCUGUAAGUCAGUAAGAACAGGAAAAACUGAUGACAGACACUGAGAUAAAGAGAGAGAGAGAGAGAGACCGGCUGAUGGAGGAAAAAUGCUGACACGUGAGCGAAAGAACAGCAGGUGGAUUGGACAGGAACCUGGAGUACAGACACACAUCUUUUUGAAUUGCAUUUUAUUUAAAGGAAGUGUUUAUUUGAGAGGAAGCUAACCAGAACCCGUGCAGGUGGACAAAAAGGAUGGGAUGUGUAUUCAUGCUGCCUUUUGCUGUGGGCCAUGAAUUGGGUCAACACCUGAGAAGGAGCUGAAAGGAGCAGCCGAGACUGAGGCAGUUUUGUCCUUGCUGAAAGAGCACAAGAGGGGGAGAGACAGGCGGAGCUGGCUGGAGACACAAGACAGAGAGAAUGCAGAAUUAUUAUUAAGAAAAUUUAGCUUUUAAUGACUGAAAACAGGCACAGUUGAUUCUUCCAUAUUGUUGCUUGUGUGCCUCAUAAUUUACAAUGUGUAUGAUCUAAAUUAUAAAAAAAAUUGUAAUUUUAAAAUUUCUCACCGUUGAAGAAUACCAUUUUACUCCCUGACAAACAAACUUUCUCUCAACUGUAAACUGGUUUUACAGGUUACAUGUGGACCAAUUUGACUAAAUGUACUGCUGCUGGAAUUCUAGCCUGGAGACAGCUUUCACUGGAAGGAGAAACUGUGGAAUAGGAUUGCAGUUUUUUGGGGGGGGUUAGUAGUUUUUGUUUGUUUUUUGGAUGAAACUCCUCAACAUAAUAGCAUUUUAGGAUCCAUUUUCUUUCCUAUGACUCAGCCUUUAUUCAAGCAUAAAGAUAACCCAGCAUCUCUUGGCCUAAAAGUCCAAGCAUUCCAAGUGAUCUACAGUACAUUUCCUCCAUUCUCUCACAUUCACCUCCGCAGAAAAAGACUCUGCCUCCACCAUGCAGACCCUAGGACCUGAACAUGAUGACUCUUUUGAUUUCCUGUUUAAGAUCAUCCUGAUCGGAGACUCUAACGUAGGGAAGACCUGCGUGGUUCAGAAUUUCAAGUCCGGGAUUUUCUCAGAGAAACAGCAGAACACCAUCGGAGUGGAUUUCAGUGUACGAACCGUGGACAUAGAGGGGAAGAGAGUUAAGAUGCAGGUGUGGGACACGGCAGGUCAGGAGAGGUUUCGUACGAUCACCCAGAGCUACUAUCGCAGCGCUCACGGCGCCAUCAUUGCCUAUGACAUCACACGACGUCCCACCUUUGACUCAGUGGCUCACUGGAUCAAGGAGGUGGAGCUCUACGGAGCGACCAAUGUAGUGCUGGUUCUCAUAGGUAACAAAUGUGACCUGGAGCAGGAACGUCAGGUUCCAUUUGAGGAAGCCUGCAACCAGGCAAAGGAGGCAGGCAUACUAGCUGCUCUAGAAACAUCUGCAAAGGAGAGCCAGAAUGUGGAAGAAGCCUUCAUGAUGAUGGCCAGGGAGCUGCUGGCUCGCAACGGCCUUAACAUCCAACAGGGAGACUUGGAGAGCAACAACACACCUCGAGUUCUCCUCCGGGCUAACUCUCGUCCGGUUGAUGGCAUCACAAGUGCCUACACGCCACCAGAGAAGAAGACAUGCUGCUGAUUUAAACGUGGACGGGACAGGGGAGAUUAGGAGGUGACUGAUGUUGGAAAUUAGGAGUUGACGGUGGAUGAGGAAGAAGGUGAAGGGCACUUUUCAUCAUGAAUGUUGGAGAAGAGGAUCCGAAGAUGCAUGGAUGUGGAAUAUGGCUGGAAAGACCUUAAGGACCAUGAGUCUUUGCAUUGAGGAAAUUUUAGUAUUGAAAAACUCAAUUCAGUGUACUUUUCUGUGCCUUACCUGUGACAGUUGUUCAGCCGGUGCUACAAGGACUAAAACAUCAAACCAGGCAUGUUUAAUGGGGGAAUAAGAGACAGUGAUGAUGGCUGUGAUCAGUGUUGGGUACAGUUACAGUAAGCCAAUCUGAUAUCAACUAUAGCUGGACUUUUCUUCCUGAUUUGAUGUAAUAUUACUGGCACCAAAUGCUCUAGUAAAUACGGUUACUAUUCUUACUAUAUUGUUUUUGUUUUUUUAAAUCUGAAUUAAAAACUAAAGCAUCAAUGCAGUGGUUAGUUACCACAAAAUGUAAGCAUUACAAGCAUUCUCAACAGGC